UAUAUAUCAUGAUAUUUAAGAGCCUAAUAAUCCAUAGUUUUAAAACUACCAACAAGUUUGGCGCUAAGCGUUUAUGUUUAACAUACUUAAAAUAAACGGCGCUUCCCUAAGGGAGUAGGCCACACAGCCAACUCCAGUGCCGUAGACGUUUACAACAAUCGCUUUUACCAGACAUAACUUAUUAUUAUUCACACUAAACACAAAUUUGGUGGUGUAACCACACGUUAACGAGCGGCGAAUGAAAUCUUGUUUUAUUAUACAAUUUCAAAUUAAAACCCAUCAUCAAUUCACCCGUUACUAUUUGUCUAAGAAUACAAGUUUUUUUUAUUUCCACAUUUAACUGUAGGUCUGCUUCAACGGACGCCACAACGACCUUAACGACUCUUUUUCUGGGUGGUAUAAAUGUCGUCGGCCGAAAGACAAAAUUCAACGGAAGAGGUCGACUAUAGAGCUCUUGUUGAAAUCUUCAAGAAAAAUGGUCACUUUGAUUCAUUGAGGAAGGACGCUCUUCAACAAUUCAAGGAAAAACAAUCCGAUGACCUUUUGCAGAAGCUUCAUGAAGUCACAGAACAAGAGCUGACAAAUGAUGAAAGCCUGCAACAUAAGAAUUCAUUCAAAGCGGUACCUUUAAUCGUUGGUGCGAUAGAUCGUUCACGCUUUUAUAGCCAAACCAAGGAGGAAAUUAAAAACACCAUAAUGACAGAUGCCCAACUUCGAAGUCGCAUAGCAGAGAUGCUUGAAGAGAUAUACAAGGAGUCGCUUCCAUCCACAAAAGAAGAGCCUUGAAAUUUGAGGAAAGGGGGGCUGAUUCACGGAAGGAUGACUUGACAACUUCCGAGUGCUUCACGAUUUGGCGCUCCCGCUCCCUUAUCGCUCUGAAAUUAGUUCACAAAUGAAUAAAGAAAAGUGCUGUUCAACAUUCCA